AUGUAUUGGAAUUUGCUAGGAGAGGAGGAUCGAAAGGUAUAUUCCGAGGCAGAAAUGACGACAUUUGGAGCUGAUCGAGGCAAACAUUUACUAUUUGCAUUACGUGAUGCAGCAAAUCGAGGGGUAAAAAUUCGAAUUUUAACAACAUUGGGACUGGGGCAAUUAGAAACGCCAUUGUUGCCGAAGGAAGUACAGAUGCUCGUGGAUACAGCACCUAAAAAUGUUCAUGUAAGGUGCUGGAGUGGUGCUAAAUGGUAUGGUAAUGGUAUUUUACAUCAGAAAAUUUGGAUCUUCGAUACACAGCAUGUGUAUAUAGGUAGUGCCAAUAUGGAUUGGAAAUCGUUGGCUCAGGUGAUGGAGAUGGGGGUGAUGAUGGAGGAUUUGACACCCAAGUCGGAGAUUAUUCAAGAUAUGCAGACGUUAUUCGAAACCUGGUGGAUGUUUGCGUCAUCUCAGUUGUUGCCUGCCAAGACACUAACGUACUUUUCGGACAAAUUUCAGCAUACACUACAAGUGCCUGCGUGGUCACUUUACUUGCCAAAAGAUAAGAGAAUUGAGGAUCCAUUUGAAAAGGCUGGUUUGCUUGCUUUAGGUAACAUCUCACAUCAGUUGCAAACGCCGUUUAGUAGUAAGAGUGAUGGGUCGACUGUGGCACAAAUGUUUAUUGCGGCGGCUCCGUUGGAAGCAACAGCUGCUCAUUCACGAGCAUUUGACGAGGAUUCACUAGUGUAUACAAUACGGUCGGCAAAGUUAUUUGUAUAUUUGAGUGUUAUGGACUUUGCGCCGUUUUCAAUGCACACGCCAGGACCUCUUCACUGGCCAGCUCUUACUGACUCGCUGCUAGCCGGGGUCUACAGCAAACCUGGUCUGCUGGUGCGACUACUGAUCAGCCAGUGGCAGCAUACCAGUCCUCAAAUGCUGGAUGCUCUUGCUACUUUACAGACACAAGCAAAGUUGUGUCAGCAUAUGCACGCUCGAUGCUCUGGAAGGCUUGAGAUAAAGAUUUUUCGCGUACCAGGUUGGCAGAAUACGACGUCUAUUGCUGGAAGAAAAGCCUUGUGGCCGACAUACACUCGUGUCAAUCACGCAAAGUAUAUUGUCACUGACACACGCGCGAAUGUUGGCACGAGUAACAUGGAAUGGGGUUACUUUUACACCACAGCAGGAGCAAGUGUUAACACGAACCAUGAGCCAACACGAAAAGCACUCGAAAACGCGUUUGAAAGAAAUUGGAAUUCUAGCUACGCUUGCUUCUUAAACGAUGUAUUGCUGAAGCCUUAA